AUAUGUUUACAAGUGAAGAGAGUGAAUUUUAAAAAAGAUAAACAAUAAACAAUUAGAGUUAAUUUUCUCCGUUAAUUAAGUGAUUGAUUUGUUUCUCUUUGAUUUUCCAUGGUAAUUAAGUCUCCGGUGAUCAGUUAAUCAUGUUCAGACAGAGAAGGGGAGGUCGGCAACCUUCAAUUGCGACCAUUUUAUUGUUAACUGAAUUGUUCCAAGUCGCCACUACUUCGGGAAUUCCUCCGGUUACAUUGGUUACAAUUGGUCUUCAGAUUUUAAUUUUUCUCAGACUAAUUGCGGUCCCUUGGUCUAAUCAUUAUGAUGUUUGUCUUGAUGUAACUCAUGUAAUUAAACAUCAUCAAUGGAUCAGAUUAAUUGCCAGUGCAUUUGAACAUGCAGAUGAUUAUCAUUUAUAUUAUAAUAUGAUCUCAUUCCUUUGGAAAGGAAGAACUUUGGAACAACGAUUUGGUCCAUUUAAAUUUCUCUACAUGUUAAUCAUAUUUACACUCACUUGUAAUGCGACAUAUAUUGGACUCUAUUAUUGUUUAGCACGAUUAACGGGUGACUAUCAAUACAAUAGUGUUUGUGCAAUCGGAUUCUCAGGUGUAAUAUUUGCUCUUAAGGUUCUUACCACAUAUUACUGGCCAGUGGCCGCUUAUACCAGUGUCUUUGGUAUUCCAAUGGCCGCUAGACACGCUGUUUGGGGUGAACUGAUUUUCAUUCAAAUAGUUAGUCCGAACGCUUCAUUUAUUGGACAUUUAUCGGGAAUCUUGGUUGGAUUAGCGUAUUGUAAAGGUCCACUUCGAGCUUUCAUCGAUUUAACUUAUCAUGUAUUAACUGCACCAAUCGGAUUAAACGAUAAUCACCCAGGACCACAAGGCCAAGAAUAUAAUCAACACAAUUAUAAUGAACAAAAUCAAGGAGGAUACAAUAGAUACUAUGGUGGUCAAGCUUCUUAUGAGGAAAUGAGAAGGAGAAGAGGUUACAAUCAACCAGGAUUCUUUGGAUUUAAUCAAGGGCCAUUUUUCCGAACAUAUUAACAAACAUAAUUACAAAUCAAAUAAAUUGAUUAUCUCUUUUUUUUAUUAACGAAAAAUUAAAUUCCAAUUUUUUUAAACGA